UUUCUUCGACCCAUUCCCAGUUAGCGGCUGGCAGCAGUUCGAAGAGCUGCAUAAAUAUCUCUCCAAGCAAUGGUGGUGUGCGACGAAAAGGAGCCCUUGCUGCUCGAGGGUGCAGGCCAGAAAGUCUACAGUGCGCUCGUCAGCGACGGCCUCAAAGACCAUGAUCGACGGCGGUCGAGUUGCGGCGAGCUGCCUUGCAGUUCCAAGGGCAGCGACGACCCUUCCUCAGGAGGGACCACCCCCUACUCAGGGUCGUAUCCAUCUUCGCUUGUCGGCAGCAUGGACCGUGUGAUGUACACGUGGACAAAUAUGAACGUCUACUGCGCCCCACAGGAGCAGCGAGAAGGCUUUUUCGGCUGGCACCGCAAGCGAUAUUUCGGAGAGCGGAAACAUAUUUUAAAAAACGUAAACGGCGCGGCCUAUCCUGGAGAGCUCCUUGCUCUAAUGGGCUCGAGCGGCGCGGGUAAAACGACUCUUCUCAACACACUGACCUUCAGGUCAGGCAAGGCACUUGACGUCACCGGAAUGAGAGCCAUCAAUGGCGAGCCGGCGACCGCUGAGGCCAUCACAGCCCUUUCUGCGUAUGUGCAGCAAGACGACCUUUUCAUCGGGACGCUCACUGUUAGGGAGCACUUAAUUUUCCAGGCAUUAGUACGGAUGGAUCGUUGGAUCCCUUACGAGCAAAGGAUGAAGAGAGUCGACGAAGUCAUAUCAGAUCUUGCUCUGUCCAAAUGUGAAAACACUCUGAUUGGAAUCCCAGGCCGCAUCAAAGGCAUAUCAGGAGGAGAAAUGAAGCGAUUGUCUUUUGCCUCCGAGGUGUUAACCGACCCCCCAUUGCUGCUCUGCGACGAGCCCACGUCAGGACUGGACUCUUUCAUGGCGCAGAACGUGGUGCAGGUGCUGAAGAACAUGGCCCUGAAAGGCAAAACGGUCAUUUGCACCAUUCACCAGCCCAGCUCAGAGGUCUUUGCCAUGUUUGACAAAGUCCUGCUGAUGGCUGAGGGGCGAGUUGCCUAUCUUGGCACAACACAUGAAGCUUGCGAAUUCUUCUCUCACCUUGGUGCACCCUGUCCGAGCAAUUACAACCCCGCAGACUUCUUCAUUCAACUUUUGGCUGUGGUUCCCAGUAGAGAAGAAACGUGUAGACAAACAGUCGAGUUGAUAUGUGACACUUUUGAAAAUUCAGAAGCGGGCCAAAAAUACGCCCAACCGCCUUUAAUCACGACCAAAACAGCUUUCGAGGAGGAAAUUGAAAUUGCCCGCCACCCUUACAAAGCAAAAUGGACCGCACAAUUUCGAGCAGUUUUGUGGAGAUCGUGGCUCAGCGUGAAAAAAGAGCCAAUCCUCAUCAAAGUUCGAGUGUUGCAAACAUUUAUGGUUGCUGUGCUAAUUGGCAUUAUGUUCUUUGGGCAAGAGUUGACCGAGGACGGUGUGAUGAACAUCAACGGCGCCCUUUUCUUAUUCCUCACAAACAUGACAUUCCAAAAUGUGUUCGCCGUGAUCAAUGUGUUUUGCUCCGAGCUGCCUAUCUUCAUGAGAGAACACGCGAACGGAAUGUACAGGGCCGACGUGUACUUUAUAUGUAAAACGUUGGCGGAAAUUCCGAUUUUCAUCGCCAUACCCGUCUUGUUCACACUGGUUACUUAUUUCAUGAUCGGUCUCACACCGGAGCCCUACAAGUUCUUCAACACGGCGCUGAUUGUAACCCUCGUUGCAAACGUCGCUACCUCAUUUGGUUACUUUAUAUCGUCCAUAAGCAGCAGCGUCAGCAUGGCACUUUCUAUUGGACCACCAGUUGUAAUUCCCUUCCUUCUCUUUGGUGGAUUCUUCCUGAACACAGGGUCGGUGCCUCCAUACUUCAAGUGGCUGAGCAAUCUGUCAUGGUUUAAAUACGGCAACGAAGCGCUUUUGAUAAACCAAUGGAGCGAUGUUGAUUACAUUGAAUGUGAGCAAAACACAACUUGUCCCAGGAACGGCCAAGUCGUCUUGCAAACUCUCAACUUCUAUGUGGAGGAUUUCUACUUUGACAUCCUGGCGCUGUUUGGACUAAUCUUCUCGUUCAGGAUUUUUGCGUAUGCAGCGUUGCAGUGUCGCGUUUUGAGAAGAACGUAAAACAGGGCUCACCUGCUGUGCCUAAAACUUUGUCCGUGAACUUCAUUCGUGAAAUGCUGGCCACAUUUUGGAUUGUACGGAAAUUAUCAUUUACAGCCGAAAAUAAAAAAGAUUAAAUUUGAGAGAUUGAAGUUGUUUGAUACGUUAUUUCAAACAAAUUUUUAUGAUUAUAAACUUGUCAUAUAGUCAGUUUUAUUUUCAUAUCCAUGUUCAUUUUGUAUGUAUAAGUUGCUAAAUAAAUUAAGGUUUACUGAAAAUGUUGU